AUGGUCGCAUCACGCGGAAUUGUCUAUUUGGUUGGCGCUGGCCCGGGUGAUCCGGGCUUGCUGACCGUCAAAGGAGCACGGGUGUUGGCCUCCGCCGACGUCGUGGUGUACGACCGACUCCUGGAUCCCUCCUUGUUGGCACUCUCCAAAGCGACGUCCCGGCAUAUUUUUGUGGGGAAAGAGCGGGGUAGACAGGCGUUAUCGCAAUCGGAGAUCAACGAACUCCUGGUCGCAGAAGGAUCCGCCGGGAACGAGGUUGUGCGGUUGAAAGGUGGUGAUCCCUUCGUGUUCGGUCGCGGCGGCGAAGAGGCCAUCGCACUCGCCGGCGCCGGUGUUCCUUUCGAGGUCGUGCCUGGUGUAACGUCCGCAGUAGCCGCUGCAGCUUACGCCGGGAUACCUGUGACGCACCGGGGCAUAGCCACGUCGUUUACAGUGGUUACGGGCAGCGAAGACCCAACCAAGACCGAAACCAAUACCCCCUGGGCUGCAUUGGCAAAAACCGGCGGCACCCUGGUGGUGUUGAUGGGGUGGGCGGCCCUGCCCGGCAUCCUGUCCACGUUGCGAGACAACGGUAUGAGCGCCGAGACUCCGGUCGCCCUGGUUCAAUGGGGAACCUGGCAGCGUCAACGCACCGUAACCGGCACCCUGGCGAACAUCGUGGAGCGCGGCAAACAGGCUGGGAUGGCGGCCCCGGUGAUCGCGGUAAUCGGGGAGGUUGCCAGCCUGCGCGACAACGUUGGGUGGUUCGACCGCCGGCCCCUUUGGGGCAAACGGGUGCUAGUUACCAGGUCACGAACCCAAACUUCCCGCUUCGUUGAAACACUAUCGCAGCUGGGUGCAGACCCGAUUGAACUUCCUUCCAUCGAAAUAGGCCCGCUGGAAGAUUACGCCGAGCUGGACCAACUGCUGAAGGAGACUGCCGGCGUUACCGGUCGCUGGAUAAUUUUUGCCAGCACCAACGCGGUCGAACACGUUUGGGACCGGUUGAAAGCGCUGAAUUACGACGCCCGCUACUUCGCGGGGUCCACGAUCGCGGCCAUAGGCCCAGCAACUUCGGAUGCCCUGGUUGCCCGUGGCAUCCAGCCCGAUUUUGUCCCUCACCGGUCGGUGUCAGAGGACGUGGUCACCGAACUGUCCGGCCGCGACUGGAACGACCGGCUGGUGUUGUUGCCGGGUUCUGCCAUCGGCAGGGAUGCUCUGGCCAGUGGAUUGGCCGAGCUGGGCGCCAAUGUCCGCCGCGUCGCCGCAUAUCGGAACGUGCGCCCUGCCGGCAUAGAACAGAAGGCCGCGGACGUCCUGCGCAACGGCGUUGAUGUGGUAACCUUCACGAGUUCCUCGACGGUACGCAACCUGGUGGAAAUCAUUGGCGAAAACCGGCCCUUGCUGGACAAUUGCCUGGUGGCCUGUAUCGGCCCGAUUACCGCCGCAACCGCCGUCGAACUGGGAUUGAACGUAAACGUCGUCGCUGACGAGGCCACCGUCGAAGGACUGGCCGACGCGCUGGUAAAAUUCUACGCGGCCUAA